UAGUCGAAACAGACUCCUAAAAUCUGUUAUGUGUGCAAAUUGGAUAAAUAUUCAGUUUCAAAAACUCUGUCAAAUUCUGCCAAAAUUGAAAUUGGGGUUUUAUUUGACUUCUGAGCCGAUGUCGAGCAGUUCUUUGCCCCUUCGGCCCGAAAUAAACGUUGGGCUUAAAUCUAUUAUGGGCUGACAGAGACCAUAUUAGACAACCGAACCACUAAAUAUCUUGCUUACAAACGUAAACCCUAAACCCCAUUUUCCUGUAUUUGAAUCGGACGUUGCCGUUGGUCUGUUUAUUCGGUGAAAACUGAAAAAUUAAAGCGAGAGGAAAUGACGAAGAAGAAGAAGCAAAAGAUAGUGUUGCCACCGGAGCUGCCACCGGAAAUAACCGAAGAGGAAAUCGAGGUCUCCGAUGACGACUUGGAAUUCGUGAAAAAGAAUCUCGAUUAUGCUGGCUUUGUUUCUCGAUUAGACACCGACUCCAUCACCAGGCACGUGGCUCGUGUAGCUGAUUUAGAUGGAGAAGAAUUAGAAGCAGCCUAUGAGAAGCGUCUAAAAAGGAAGUCACAGAAACAGAAAAAAGAAGAAGAGGAAAACAGAAUUGAAGUUGACCGUGUUGACGCUCUUCCUGUCAAAACUUUAGAUGGAAAACUUCAUUAUCGCACAUUGGCUAAGAAAUCAGAAGAUGGAGAUGCUGAGAAGGAUGACGCUGAUGAUGAUCAUGCUGAUAAAGGUAUAAUGAAGUUGUCUAAAGCAGAAAGGAGAGCGAAGUUGAAGAAGAGUAAAAAGGAGGCAAAGAAACAAGGAAAGGAAUUGGAGAAAACUGAACAACUGGAACAAACACAGCAAGCCGCUGUGCUGGCUGAGGUGAAGGAAGAUCUUACAGCAGAAGAAUCGUUUGACAGAAAGAAGGUUAAACUGGCAGAGUUAGGAAUAGCACUGCUGGCAGAUCCAGAGUCUAAUAUAAAAUCUCUGAAAGAAAUGUUUCAGUUUUGUACAGAUAAUGACCAUGCUAUUGUUAAACUUGGAUUGUUGUCCUUGUUGGCUGUUUUUAAAGACAUUAUUCCAGGCUACCGGAUUAGGCUUCCUACUGAAAAGGAGCUAGAAAUGAAAGUUUCCAAGGAAGUUAAGAAGAUGCGGUACUAUGAAUCCACACUUCUGUCUACAUAUAAGGCAUACUUGCAAAAGCUGAUGGUGUUAGAGAAGGAGUCUAAAUUCCAGCAUGUGGCUGUUCGCUGCAUCUGUACUUUACUUGAAGCAGUUCCCCACUUCAACUUCCGUGAGAAUUUGUUAGGUGCUGUGGUGGAACAUAUAGGCUCUCCAGAUGAUAUAAUAAGGAAACUUUGUUGUGCUGCCAUUAAGUCACUUUUUACCAAUGAGGGAAAGCAUGGUGGUGAAGCUACUGUGGAGGCUGUCCGGUUAAUAGCUGAUCAUGUUAAAGCUCAAAAUUGCCAAUUGCUUGGUGAUUCUGUUGAGGUCUUCCUUUCAUUGUCCUUCGAUGAAGAUCUUGGAACACGUAAAGAAGAAGAGAAGGAAAACAACGAUAAACAGAAGAAAAACAAAAAGAGAAAGAAUGUUGAGGAGCCAGGUCAAUUGCGAAAAAAUGACAGGAAAAAAAGUAGAAAAGAAUUGAUGAAAAAAAUGGGUGAGGAGGUUGCUGCUGAUUAUAAGGCGGCUACUUUUACCGCAGAUGUUAAGGAACAGAGAAGGAUGCAAUCAGAAGCCCUUUCUGCUGUCUUUGAGACUUACUUUCGCAUCUUGAAGCAUACCAUGCAGUUAACAACAGCUAGCACUCAAGACAAUUGCAAUUCAGUUGUGGAUGGACCUGGGCCCCACCCACUACUGGCUCCUUGUCUGAAUGGUUUAGGGAAGUUCUCUCAUCUGAUAGAUCUGGAUUACAUUGGAGAUCUUAUGAACUAUCUGAAUAAGCUUGCUGGCAGUGGUAUCAACUCUAGUGGUUCCUCAGAAAAAUGUUCCAAGUACUUGAGUGUGUCUGAACGACUUCGAUGCUGCAUUGUUGCCUUUAAAGUGAUGAAGAUCAAUCUAGAUGCACUGAACGUUGAUUUGCAGGGAUUCUUUGUGCUGCUAUACAAUAUUUUACUUGAGUACAGGCCUGGAAGAGAUCAAGGGGACGUAUUGGCAGAAGCUUUGAAGAUUAUGUUAUGUGAAGAUAGACAGCAUGACAUGCAAAAGGCUGCUGCAUUUGUGAAACGUUUGGCCACGUUCUCAUUGUGCUUUGGAUCAGCAGAAUCAAUGGCUGCUAUGGUAACUCUGAAGUACCUCCUUCAGAAGAAUGUCAAAUGCCGGAAUCUAUUGGAGAAUGAUCCUGGAGGUGGCUCAGUUUCUGGUAUCAUUGCGAAAUAUCAGCCAUAUGCCAUGGAUCCAAAUUUAAGCGGCGCACUCGCUUCAGUCCUCUGGGAACUCAACCUUCUCUCCAAGCAUUUUCAUCCAGCUGUUUCAACAAUGGCCUCUAGCAUUUCAAGCAUGAGCACGACUCAUAACCAAGUUUAUCUCUCGUCAAUGUCUCCUCAGCAAGCCUUUGCAGAGUUGUCACUUGGACGGGAGUUGCUCAACCCAAAAUAUGACAUCGGAAAGUCAAAUAACAAGAGAAAAAAGGGGUCGUCUAAAAUUUCUGUCAUUGAUAGAAAUCUAGAUACAGUUUCAGCUGAUGAAGAUGAGCUGAGAAAGAAAUUUUCUGAUCAUUUCGUGCUCCUUCGCGACUUAAAAGAGAAUGAGAGAUUAAGGGGUCAGCUGGAUCAUGCCACAUUAGCCCUGCAAUUGUAUGAUGAAUAUAAGAAGCAAAAGAAGAAAAGCAGGAAGGCGUAAAAUUAAGAACGAUAUCGGUAAAUUCUUCAGUGUACAGUAGAGAGGCUUUGCGGCCCUGGCUUUUGUAUUCUGCAGCUGAGGUUUAGCUGAGGUUGAGCUAAAGAAGCUCUAGUAUUUAGUGUUAGGUUGAGCCCAAAUCUAUUUAAAACUGAAGCCCAAAAUUUAAAUCCAAACUGGAUUCCUUGCAAAACUAGUCCGAGUCAAUCAUGCUUUCCAGCCUUCAAAACGAAGGGCAUCAAAGAAAAAGACCCAAAAUCUAAUACUAAGCGAUGACUCAAUUUACUGUUUGUUAAA